CUGAACUGAAAGAGAGCAACGUGUGAACGAAGCUAAUGGCUGUAGCUGCUGUGGCGCUAAACCAGAAACUAUUCUGCUUCUCAAAUUCAAGAACCAGAACCAGAAUAAGAACAUCAUCGUGUUCAUUGUUAUUCGACAAAACAAGCUUCUUCACGAAUCUUCAAAGAAAGCAAAAGUUCGGUUCAACUUGUUGCUCUUCUUCUUCUUCAACUUCCGAGUCGCCUGAAACUGAUACACAGACGGCAGAAUCUUGCGUCAAUUUAGGUCUUUCCCUCUUCUCCAAAGGACGGGUUAAAGAUGCUUUAGUCCAGUUUGAAACAGCACUUACUUUAGAUCCCACUCCUAUUGAGUCCCAAGCAGCUCUCUAUAACAAAGCCUGCUGCCAUGCUUAUCGUGGUGAAGGAAGGAAAGCUGCUGAUUGCCUACGUACUGCCUUGCGGGAAUAUAAUCUUAAAUUUGCCACCAUUUUGAAUGAUCCUGACUUGGCUUCCUUCAGAGCGUUGCCUGAGUUCAAGGAAUUACAAGAAGAGGCUAAGCUAGGAGGGGAAGAUAUAGGCUAUGGUUUCCGUAGGGAUCUCAAACUUAUUAGUGAGGUUCAAGCACCAUUUCGUGGGGUUAGAAGAUUCUUUUAUGUUGCAUUUUCUGCAGCUGCUGGAAUUUCAUUGUUCUUAACAAUUCCAAGACUCAUUCUUGCAAUUAAAGGCGGGGAUGGUGCUCCAGAUCUUUGGAAUACUGCUGGAAAUACUGCCAUAAAUAUUGGAGGCAUCAUUGUUCUUGUGGCCUUAUUUAUCUGGGACAAUAAGAAAGAGGAGGAACAAAUUGCACAGAUAACCAGAGAUGAAACUCUAUCAAGGCUGCCUUUGCGCCUUUCUACUAAUCGGAUAGUUGAGCUUGUGCAGCUUCGGGAUACUGCUAGGCCUGUAAUUUUAGCAGGGAAAAAGGAGACUGUUUCCUUGGCUAUGCGGAAGGCGGAGAGAUUCCGAACAGACCUCCUCAAUCGUGGUGUUCUUUUAGUUCCUGUUAUCUUGGGUUCAGGUAGAGAACCAGAAAUGCAGAAGAAAGGCUUUGGUGUUUCUGAAAAGGCAGCUGCUGCUCUUCCGUCUCUAGGGGAAGACUUUGACAAACGAACGCAGUCUGUUACUGCAAAAUCAAAGUUGAAAGCUGAAGUUCGCUUUAAAGCAGAGGUUGUAUCUCCAGCUGAAUGGGAAAGGUGGAUAAGAGAUCAACAAAAGUCUGAAGGAGUUACUCCUGGGGAAGAUGUCUACAUAAUACUGCGUCUUGAUGGUCGAGUUCGAAGAUCAGGAAGAGGCAUCCCGGACUGGGAAGAAAUUGCAAGAGAGCUGCCCCCAAUGGAAGCAUUGUUAAGUAAGCUGGAAAGAUAGAACUUCUUGCUACUGUUCUGCCUAUUCUAUUAGUAAUCGAUCCUGUAAAUUUUUUACCUCGCAAAUAUCAAGAGAGAAGAUCUUCUGGACACUCUGUUUAUGCAGUUGUCUGGUAUAAGCUCAGUUUUAAGUCAUGAUGUCCCAAAACGCCACGCUGACGUGCUUUCUCAAACCUUUCUUUUG